AACAGUAAUAUGGAGGCUACUUUGGAUGAUGUGAUUUGUGAGUGGUUCGGCAAUGACAAAUUUAGCAAGUGAUGUUUUCGUUUAGGUCGUGUCAGUGAUAGUGAUAGAAAUUUUGAUAAUAUAUGGACGAAACAUUCUGUCAAGAUGAAAACCGCUUUGAUGGUAGCUGAGAAGCCUUCUUUGGCAGCGUCUCUUGCCAAUAUAUUAAGCAAUGGACGAUGUAGCACCAGGAAGGGAUUGAACGGGUCUUGCUCCGUGCACGAGUGGACAGGCCAAUUUAAAUCUGAGACGGUGAAUUUUAAAAUGACGUCUGUAUGUGGGCAUGUCAUGACAUUAGACUUCAUUGGAAAAUACAACAAUUGGGACAAAGUGGAUCCGGCAGAGUUAUUCUCAUGUCCGACGGAAAAGAAAGAAGCUGUACCUAAAUUGAAAAUACCAUAUUUUUUGGCUAAAGAGGGAACGCAUUGUGAUUAUUUAGUGCUAUGGCUAGAUUGCGACAAAGAAGGUGAAAAUAUUUGCUUUGAAGUUGUAAAUGCAGUACAGCAAGGAAUGCAUAAGAAGUUACACAUAAAUGAUAUAUGGCGAGCACGAUUCUCUGCAAUCACAGAAAAAGAUAUAAAAGCUGCCUUGGCAAAUUUGGUGAAACCCAAUGAAAAUGAAGCAAAGAGUGUCGACGCGCGUCAAGAAUUAGAUUUACGGAUAGGCUGUGCAUUUACACGAUAUCAAACGAAAUUUUUUCAAGGUAAAUAUGGAGAUUUGGAUGUGUCUCUUAUUUCUUACGGUCCAUGCCAAACACCAACAUUAGGAUUCUGCGUGCAAAGGCAUGAUGAGAUUCAGACCUUCAAGCCAGAUCCGUAUUGGGUGUUACAGGUAUCCGUAAAAUCUUCCGAUGGUCAAGAUGUUACAUUAAAUUGGAGCCGUGUUCGUUCCUUUGAUAAAGAAGUUGCAAACAUGUUUCUCAGCCAUAUUAAAGAACAUGAUUGCGCGACCGUAGUAAGUAUACAAAGUACGGAGAAGUCAAAAUCGCGGCCUAUAGCCUUAAACACAGUGGAAUUGAUGCGAGUUGCGAGUUCUGGAUUAGGAAUGGGUCCGCAGCACGCUAUGCAAAUUGCAGAAAGGCUUUAUACCCAAGGAUACAUAAGCUAUCCCCGAACAGAGACGACAUCGUAUGGUGAAAACUUUGAUUUACUUUCGACACUGAAACAACAGCAGUAUAAUGCGGAUUGGGGCAAGGAAGUUCGUAAGAUACUAGCGACUGGUAUUAAUCGACCAAAGAAAGGUCACGACGCGGGUGACCAUCCUCCCAUAACUCCUAUGAAAGAUGCAACCAGAAACGAGCUCGACGGCGAUUCAUGGAGAUUGUACGAUUAUAUAACGCGACAUUUUAUCGCUACGUUGGCGCGGGAUUGCAAGUACUUGAGUACGACGGUAAAAUUCGAGAUAGGCAUGGAAAUAUUCACAACGACUGGUCACAGCUUGAUGGAUCCGGGAUACACGAGUAUUCUCACUUGGCAAGCGCUCGGCAACAAUGACACUCUGCCGAAAUUCACGCCCGACGAGAAAGUGAACAUGCAAGAGGCGAAGUUAGUCGAAUGUUACACCCAACCGCCCGAUUACCUGACCGAGGCAGAAUUAAUAUCUCUCAUGGAGAAACACGGCAUCGGGACGGACGCCUCGAUUCCUGUGCAUAUAAAUAAUAUUUGUAUCAGAAACUAUGUUACCGUUGCGGCAGGCAGAAAAUUAGUGCCCACUUCUCUCGGCAUCGUUCUGGUCCAUGGAUACCAGAAGAUAGAUCCCGAGCUAGUUUUGCCCACAAUGAGAACUGCGGUGGAGGAGCAAUUAAAUCUAAUAGCGUUGGGUCGUGCUGAUUUUUAUGCGGUUUUACAGCAUACCGUAGAAAUUUUCAAGCAAAAGUUUCAUUAUUUCGUGCAAAGCAUAGAAGCUAUGGAUCAGCUGUUUGAAGUCUCGUUCUCUCCACUGUCGGCAUCCGGCAAAGCACAUUCUAGAUGCGGUAAAUGUCGUCGAUAUAUGAAAUAUAUACAAACUAAACCAUCUAGAAUGCAUUGUGCGCACUGUAAUGAGACGUACAACUUGCCGCAAAAUGGGAACAUACGAAUAUAUAAAGAACUGAAGUGUCCAUUAGACGACUUCGAGCUGCUUUCGUGGUCGACCGGAACGCGAGGGAAAAGUUAUACAUUUUGUCCAUACUGUUAUAACAAUCCACCGUUCAGGGAUAUGAAGAAAGGGAUGAGCGGUUGCAAUUCGUGCACGCAUCCGACAUGUCCUCACGGAAUGAACUCGAAUGGAUUAUCCAGCUGCUUGGAAUGCGAUCUGGGCAUUCUUGUGCUGGACCCUUCGGCCGCACCUAAGUGGAAAUUGGGAUGUAAUCGAUGCGAUGUUAUUAUCCAUCUAUUUGAGAACGCACACAAAGUGACAGUAGAUACUGACACGUGUGAUUGUGGCGCACAAUUAGUAACCGUCGAGUACAAACAGGAUAAAAGUAAACUUCCCAACGAAGUGACCGAGAUGUCCGGCUGUGUAUUUUGUACGCCAGCUUUUGCCGCGCUAGUAGAAAAGCACCGCGCGGUAGCUUCGAAACCAGUCGUCACGCGCGGCCGCGGUCACACCAAAAGUCGUAAUCGAGGUAAACCCAAGCCGCCGAAGGACAAAAUGGCACAAUUGGCGGCGUACUUCGUGUAAUAAGCGCAGCUUGUCUACAAUCUGAAAUCAUGUAUGCAUAUUGAUGCAUUUCUCUUUUUAAAUAAUUAUUCUUUAUCCUGUCA